UGACGUUUGCCACAUGUAGCAAAAUGAAAUAGGAUGAAGUAUUUAUGUAAGAUAUGGCAGUCUACUCAAUCGGUAUCGAAUUUGUGUAAACAUAGAUAUUAAGUAGGCGAUGCUCAUUCAAGGCAGUUCUCGCGCCUUAUAAAGCGAAGUUAACUUUAUUCCCUAAUAUUUACAUGUUGCUCAUGUAUAUUCAUAGAGCGGUGUGGAACGGGAGAAAGAGCCUCUAGCGACGGCCAUUUGUAGUAAGCGAUUCCUCCGAUCCGUUUCACGUCUUCUGCGCUGCAGUUAGGCUAUAGCGAUUUCAGAGGAGGGCGUAUGGACUAAGUCAGACGUAUUGCAGCACUUUUUUUAAAGAAAGAAAGGAAGGAAGACAUUCCCUUUUACCCCAUUUCAAUAACGGAUUACAUUUUGUAGUUGCGCGUAUUUUGUGUCCUUUGCGUUCUCUCAACAGAAGGCCUGUCAUUGAGAAGUGAGAGUCCUCUCACUGGUGCUAGACAGCGGCGAGCGCGGCAGCGGUUCCCCGAUGGCUGGGUGGAAGGAUGGGUCGGUGCAGGAGAAGUAUCGGCUGGUUGUCGUUGGAGGCGGUGGUGUCGGGAAGUCAGCAUUGACUAUCCAAUUCAUCCAGUCUUACUUUGUCACGGACUAUGACCCCACGAUCGAGGACUCCUACACGAAGCAGUGUGUGAUUGAUGAGAGAGCGGCUCGUCUGGAUAUCCUGGACACAGCAGGACAGGAAGAGUUUGGGGCCAUGAGAGAGCAGUACAUGAGAACGGGCGAGGGCUUCCUGCUCGUCUUCUCCGUCACCGACCGAGGGAGUUUCGAGGAGAUCUACAAGUUCCAGAGGCAGAUCCUCAGAGUGAAAGACCGAGACGAGUUUCCCAUGAUCCUCGUCGGCAACAAGGCGGACCUGGAGCUGCAGAGACAGGUGACUCAGGAGGAGGGCCAGCAGCUGGCCAGGCAGCUGAAGGUAACGUACAUGGAGGCCUCGGCAAAGAUCCGGAUGAACGUAGACCAAGCCUUCCACGAGCUGGUUAGAGUAAUAAGGAAAUUCCAGGAGCAAGAGUGCCCACCCUCACCAGAGCCCACUCGCAAAGAGAAGGACAAGAGCGGCUGCCAUUGUGUGAUCUUCUGACUGGCUCCUUCCCAUUUUCACACGCUCACCCAAGCUGCUGUCACCAGACCCCGCCCCCUUGCCUUCUUACAUCACAUCCUGUGUGGAAGAGUGCUGCCUCCCACACCUGCAUGACUCGGAACGAUGGCCUCUACAGCAGCCUUAACCCGGAGGCGCCGACCAGGGACUACACUAGAGGACAAACAAGGCGACCUGAAACUGGCAUCCAGACUCCACACACAUGCACACAAAUCACCAUCCUGACAGGCAUACCAAACACACUAAUCACUGCUUCUUAAAAAAAACAACAAAACAAAAAAACAUUUUUUGUAUGUUGGACUUUUUAAUUGCCUUGACAUUUGUCUUAGUGACAUAUCUUUGGACAAUGGGGGGCGAUGAUGAUGACGAAACGCACUCGCGGAAUGUCAGAUUUUAAAAAAUGUAUGUUUUUAGCUACAGGUGUUUUGGUCUUACGGACUGAGGUCGUUUAAUCAAGCUUUUGAGUAUGUCACAUGUGCUAAUCUGCUACUGUACAUAAGUGGAAUUUGUUGUGAUUAUAGAAGUGCAUCUAAUGAAUUAAAUUACUGAAGUACAGCGAGUGAGGUUGACAAGCUUGGUUUGAAAUACAUUACAAAAUUAUAUACAUGUAAGUAUGAAUAAAUGUAUGAAUGUAUGUACGUACGUGCACAAACAGCCAAAAAAAAGAAAGUGAUGCCAAGUUUAUGUUCUGUUGUAAGCGAAAAUUUCCACCUUUGUGUCUUUGAGUGCAGUUGUCUCAGUGGUCACAUCCGAUCGGUCUACUGUAUAUCUCCUUCACUUGUUAACACUGCCACAGCGUAUGUAACGGUGUAGAGUGAGCUGGUCAUGUGUAAUUCCGGAUGGCUCGGAACUGUGCACGUCUCAGCCUUUGCCUCUGUUGGAACUCACAGAUUCACCAAGCCAAAAAAAAAAAAAAAAAAAAAGCAAGAAGGAACUGCCAUUAUGCUGAAGAUUAAGAGCGAUUAUAUUUGAGAAACCUCAUUACCACUGCGCACAGAGCACAACAAAGACCACAAAUUAUUUGGUUCCUUUUGGGUAUCAUAAUUUAAACGAAUCCACCCCCCCCCCCAUGUUUUAACGAUUUUUAAUUGAUGUUCAGUUUUUAAUUUCUCUUGCGGGGGUAAGCGCAUGUAUUUUGUUUAUAGGGGGAAAACUGUCGCUGUUGAAGCCGACGCAUUUAAAAUGGUUUACACUUAUAGAGUCAGCAAUCGGUUAACUGAAAAAAAAAGUGUGCGGGCUUUAAGAGCAGUUACGGAUGUGGAUUUUGGUUUGGUCUGAUGUGAGGUGGGAGUGGUUCUGUUGGGUCCGGGUCAUGAUAGACCGACUCAAUGCAUCACCUGCUAACCGCAAAAAAAAAAAUCCAUCAGUGGCCAAUUCUGACCUAAAUGUUUUUCAUUAGGGUUCACAUCACUAUUAAAGAGGGCUUUUGUUUGUUUUUGAGUUUUGGGUCUUCCUUUUUUAUGUGAGUAUUUCUGAAUAAGGGAUACAAAGAAACUAGUGUAGUUUUUUGUUUUAUCUUCAUGUAAUAUAAGAGAAACGGAUGGAGAGGAUCCAUUGAAGGAAAUGAUUAAAUGUUUUUGCUAUAUACUUUUAUACAUUAUUUUCUUAUCAGACUAGUUAACAAGUAUUUUUAUAUGUUUGUACGCUCUCGCGGCACAACUGUAUAUGUAAAGAGGAGUAUUUAAUUCCCACAGUUUUUAACUGAGAAGGCUCGGCCUACAUGGUGAAGCAGGUAAAGAAACAUUUCCUCGCUGGCUGUAUGGAGCAGGCGGUGUGUUAGACUGCCCCAGUUCCACUGUCCCUACCUGUCCUGCAGGGGGCGCCAGCCCCGUUCUGUAGGUGCUGGUUGGGGGGUCACGGUAACACAAAUUGUUCAGCAGUCUUGCAGAGCAUGCAAAAGUCAGACUCCCUCCUUCUACCAGAGGUUGUGCUCAUCCAAUCCAUGUUCUGUGUUCUGUUCUUUAAGUCUACCCCCUGUAUAGCUUCUGGUGCUAUAAUAAUAAUAAAAGACAUGAUUAA